AUGGCACUAGGCAAUAACAUUAACAUAUCAUAUCAGGAUAUCUUGGCUGGGUACACUGCAGUGGGUAUUGUGGAAUACUGGGACCUGUCUAUGCAGCUCUUCAACGCCCGCGUGCGGUCCCCCGUGCGUGAGUGGAACAGUACUCUGCACAUCAACGCGGGGAAACCGUCCGGGCUUCGAGCUGAGGUGCUUCAAUGGGCUCACGACAGCCCAGCCAUUCACCGUCAGUUAGGGACAGAUAUGCUGUUGUAUUCGUUUGCGCUGUCCAUUUUCAAGGAUCAGACGACGGAAACACUCGGUACAAACUGGCUCGAGGGCCAAUCGCAGUGUCGACCGUACUCGUGA